GGAAGGGGAAGUCAACAAUGAAGAGUAGUCCAGGUAGGGUUACAAAACGCCAUUCACAUGAUUUCGAUUUCCGGUUCCGGUGAAACUUCACAAAAAUGUCAGGAAAAGACAGAUUAAAUAUUUUCCCUUCUCGAAUGGCGCUGGCCAUAAUGAAGCAGCGUCUGAAGGGAGCUCAAAAGGGACACAGUCUUCUGAAGAAGAAAGCAGAUGCGUUGACCAUGCGGUUCAGACAGAUCCUGAAAAAAAUUAUAGAGACAAAGAUGAAGAUGGGUGACGUGAUGAAGGAAUCCGUGUUCUCUCUGGCAGAGGCCAAAUUUACCACUGGGGACUUUAACCAUAUGGUUUUACAGAAUGUGAACAAGGCACAGCUCAAAGUCAGAUCUAAGAAAGAUAAUGUGGCAGGUGUACAGCUGCCAAUCUUUGAGCAUUUCACAGAUGGUGUUGACAGCUAUGAGCUGACUGGUCUGUCCCGUGGAGGCCAGCAGAUAGACCGACUGAAGAAGAACUAUGCAAAGGCCGUGGAGCUGCUGGUACAGUUGGCCUCACUGCAGACCUCCUUUGUUACCCUUGACGAGGUGAUCAAGAUCACCAACCGAAGAGUCAACGCCAUUGAGCAUGUAAUCAUUCCUAGAAUUGAAAACACACUAUCCUACAUCACAACAGAGUUGGACGAGAGGGAAAGAGAAGAGUUCUUUAGGUUAAAGAAAAUCCAAGAGAAAAAGAAGAAGGUCCGUAAGGAAGCAGAGAAAGUCAAGGAAGAACUGCGACUACAGGGCGUAGAGGUUGACAAAGUGGACAAUAUCCUAGAAGGGGAUAGAGAUGAAGACUUGCUUUUUAACUAGCGUUUAUGUAAUCUGAUCAACCUAACUGCCCUGUUUUGAAUACAUGUAUCUACUUUUGCUUCAGACAGUUAUGCCCGUAGGUGAUUAUUUGUGUUGACAGCAAGUGAAAUAUUCGGUACUUUUAACUUUGAUGAUUUGUUGGAAGAACGUGUUCUUUUAUUAGAAAUAUAUUGUUGUUUUAAGGAGUUUGAUUUAUAAUUAUAUCUUAUAAUCAAGAUAGGGUUAUUUUAAGUUAUGUAGAUGUAGUAUAAUUUUCUACAUUUUGGCAGACAUACCAGUAUGUAAUAUAUACAAACAGACUUAACUUUAUAUGCAUGUUUAAUUUAAUAAAAUCCAUGAAAGUGUUA